UAAAACCCACACAUUUGAGACGCUUCUCUCUCUCCCUCACUACCCACACGCUCGUCCUCGGCCGCCACAGCCUCCAUACCCUUUCCUCUUAAACCCUUUUUCAUACUCUCAACAAUUUCCUGUAUUAUCCGCCGAUUUCAAUCGGUCUUAUUCAUAUACAGGUGAUUGGGAAGUAGAUAUGGCUGGGAAAUCAAGCAGGGGGAGGAACAAGAAAGGUUCGCAGACUGCUGCGAAUGCUGCGCCUUCUGCUGCGAAUGUUGCACCGGUGGUUUCGGCUAAUGGUCAUCCUGAAGAGAGCUUGAAUCCUGUUGGAGAACAGAAGGUGGAUGCUAAUGGGGUCCCGCCUUCGGCUGAGGUACAAGCUACUACACCGGAGGUCAAGGAGGCUGAAAACGCGAGCUCGGAGAGUCAGGUUAAGCAAGGUGACAUUCAUCUUUUCCCUGUUCCCGUCAAAACCCAAUUUGGCGAGAAGCUAGAGUUGCAAUUAAGUCCCAGUGAUUCUGUUAUGGAUGUGAGACAAUUCCUUCUUGAUGCUCCUGAGACGUGCUUUUUUACUUGUUAUGACUUGUUGUUGCACACUAAGGACGGUUCCGCUCAUCAUUUAGAAGAUUACCAUGAAAUUUCUGAGGUUGCUGACAUCACCUCUGGAGGCUGUUCUUUAGAAAUGAUUGCAGCGCUUUAUGAUGAUAGAUCUAUCAGGGCCCACGUUCACCGUACCCGAGAGUUGCUUUCUCUUUCAACACUGCACUCCUCAUUAUCAACAUCACUUGCAUUGCAACAUGAAAUGGGGCAGAAUGCAACUGCAAAUUCAGGAGAUCAAUCCAAAAAAACUGAGGUUUUGGAGCUCGAGAAUCUAGGAUUCAUGGAGGACGUUUCCGGUUCACUUUCAAACUUGUUGUCGUCUCCUUCGAAAGAAAUCAAAUGUGUAGAAACUAUCGUCUUUUCGUCAUUUAACCCUCCUCCAAGCUACAGAAGGCUUGUUGGGGACCUAAUUUAUCUGGAUGUGGUGACACUGGAAGGGAGCAAGUAUUGUAUAACCGGAACCACAACCACGUUUUACGUUAACUCAAGUUCCGGAAAUACCCUUGACCCGAAACCGACCAAGGCUGCUUCUGAAGCGACUACCCUUAUCGGGCUCUUGCAAAAGAUCAGUUCCAAAUUUAAGAAAGCUUUUCGUGAAAUGUUGGAACGAAAGGCAUCCGCUCAUCCGUUUGAAAACAUCCAGUCAUUGUUGCCCCCAAAUUCGUGGCUUGGAUUGCACCCUGUUCCCGAUCAUAGACGUGAUGCAGCAAGAGCGGAAAACUCACUUUCUUUAUCGUUUGGGAGUGAGUUAAUCGGUAUGCAAAGAGACUGGAAUGAGGAACUACAAUCUUGUAGAGAGUUUCCGCAUGCAAGCCCUCAAGAAAGGAUUUUGAGAGAUAGAGCUCUGUAUAAGGUGUCUUCUGAUUUCGUUGAUGCUGCAAUAAGCGGUGCUAUCGGAGUCAUUAGCCGAUGCAUCCCGCCAAUUAAUCCAACUGAUCCAGAAUGCUUUCACAUGUAUGUUCACAACAACAUAUUCUUCAGUUUCGCUGUUGAUGCGGAUCUCGAGCAGUUAUCCAGAAAGCAGUCAUCCGAUUCCUCUGAGAAAACGUUGACCAAGUCAUCUAAAGUCAACGGUGAGAAAUCUAGUGCCGCAACCUCGGAGAAUCAGAACGUCAAUGGUGUGGUGGAAUCGGUUUCUGACGCACCGUCGGAGGUACAGCUGGCAGAGAGUGAACAAGCCACGUAUGCGUCUUCCAACAAUGAUCUGAAAGGCACAAAAGCUUACCAAGAAGCCGAUGUUCCUGGAUUGUAUAAUCUUGCUAUGGCCAUUGUUGACUAUAGAGGUCAUAGAGUAGUAGCACAGAGUGUUCUACCGGGAAUUUUACAAGGUGAUAAAUCGGAUUCACUUCUAUAUGGGUCUGUUGACAACGGAAAGAAGAUUUCCUGGAAUCAAGAUUUCCAUUCCAAGGUAUUGGAAGCUUCGAAACGCCUGCGUGUGAAAGAACACACGGUUCUUGAUGGAUCAGGAAAUGUUUUCCAAAUAGCCGCACCUGUUGAAUGCAAGGGCAUUGUUGGAAGUGAUGAUAGGCACUACCUCUUGGACCUGAUGCGAGUCACUCCUCGUGAUGCAAACUACACUGGACCAAAUUCCAAGUUUUGUAUUCUGAGACCUGAGUUAAUUACUGCCUUUUGCCAGGCUGAAGCAGCAAAGAAUUCAAAAUCCAAACGUGAGCCAGAGGAUGCACCUAAAUCUGUAGAUUCUUCGAAGGAUGAUAAUGUUGAACAAGUAAAUCAAGCGGAGCCUGCCAAAAUACCCGAAACAUCUGAUACUAACCCGAAUGAAUCAGAAGAUAAGACGGUUGUUGAAGAAUCUGGUUCUAAGCCUGCUGACGUGGCAGAUAAAACUGAGGAUAUACGGUUUAACCCUAAUGUGUUUACUGAAUUCAAAUUGGCUGGGACCCCCGAGGAAAUUGCUGCUGAUGAAGAAAGUGUACGGAAAGUGAGUUCGUAUCUGAAAGGCACCGUGCUUCCAAAGUUCAUUCAAGAUCUUUGCACCCUCGAAGUUUCACCAAUGGAUGGUCAAACUCUCACUGAAGCCCUACAUGCACAUGGAAUUAACGUUCGUUAUAUCGGCAAAGUAGCUGACGGUACGAAGAACUUGCCGCAUUUAUGGGAUCUUUGCUCUAACGAGAUUAUUGUUAGAUGUGCCAAACACAUCCUCAAGGACGUGUUGAGAGAUACAGCGGAUCAUGAUAUUGGACACGCAAUUGCUCAUUUCUUUAACUGUCUGUUCGGAGAUUGCCAAACAGCUUCCGGAAAAGGUGUUGGUAAUAACAAUACACAGUCCAAAAAUCAGAAAAAGGAUGUUGUUGCGGGAAAAUCGACAAAGGGGCACUCAAGGUCAAAGGCUGGUGGUGUUGCUACUAAAAAACAAGCGUCUUGCAUGAAUCUCACUUCUGAAAGCUUGUGGUCUAACAUCCUUGAAUUCGCAAAAGUUAAAUACCAGUUUGAAUUGCCAGAGGACGCGAGGUCACGUGUGAAAAAGAUUUCAGUUAUUCGUAACCUUUGCUUGAAGGUGGGAGUAGCCAUAGCUGCCAAAAAGUAUGAUCUUAGUGCCGCAACACCAUUCCAAACAUCGGAUAUAUUAAAUCUUCAACCCGUAGUAAAGCAUUCGAUACCCGUAUGUCAAGAAGCAAAGGAGCUGGUGGAAACCGGAAAGGUCCAGCUGGCAGAGGGAAUGCUUAAUGAAGCGUACACUUUAUUUACCGAAGCGUUUACAAUACUUCAGCAGGUCACUGGUCCAAUGCAUCGUGAAGUCGCUAAUUGCUGCCGUUACCUUGCGAUGGUUCUUUAUCAUGCUGGAGACAUGGCUGCAGCCAUCAUGCAACAGCACAAAGAACUUAUUAUAAACGAACGAUGUCUCGGUCUUGAUCACCCCGACACAGCUCACAGCUACGGAAACAUGGCCCUGUUUUAUCACGGGCUCAACCAAUCAGAGCUCGCGUUAAGACACAUGUCCCGUGCUCUGCUCCUGUUAAGCUUAUCUUCGGGCCCCGAUCAUCCUGACGUUGCUGCAACUUACAUUAACGUUGCAAUGAUGUACCAAGAUAUUGGAAAGAUGAAUACGGCUCUUCGUUAUUUACAAGAAGCGUUAAAAAAGAAUGAGAGGCUUUUGGGUGAAGAACAUAUUCAAACGGCUGUCUGCUAUCAUGCACUUGCUAUUGCGUUUAACUGUGUUGGUGCUUACAAGCUCUCUCAUCAGCAUGAAAAGAAGACGUAUGACAUACUUGUGAAGCAGCUCGGAGAGGAUGAUUCGAGGACUCGAGACUCGGAGAAUUGGAUGAAAACUUUUAAAGUGCGGGAAGCGCAGAUGAAUGCACAAAAGCAGAAAGGACAAGCUGUAAAUGCGGUUUCUGCUCAAGCAGCAAUUGAUCUUCUAAAGGCUCACCCUGAUUUGAUACAAGCAUUCCAAGCGGCAUCUGGUGGAGCUUCAGGUAGCGGCGGCAAUAGUGCUGUUGGUGGUGAAAACUUUGCUCGAGGUGGUAGGGGAGUUGAUGAGAGAUCUGCCCGUGCUGUAGCGGAAGCAAGGAAAAAAGCUGCCGCCAGGGGUCUGUUAAUCCGGCCACACGGUGUUCCUGUUCAGGCUGUACCGCCGCUCACCCAACUUUUCAACAUGAUAAGCUCCGGCAUAACACCAGAAAACGCCGCCAGUGAAGACACCAAUGCUGCUGCAAACCCAGGGGAGGCGGCAAAAGCAGAACAACAAGGUCAAGCACCGGUUGGGUUAGGUGCAGGGUUAGCCGCCUUGGACUCAAAGAAAAAGGAGCAGAAGUAAAGUCGGUUUUUGAUUUGAUUUUCUAACGUUUACUAAAACUAGCUCUCGUGGGCGGGGCUUUUUGUUCCCGGAAGUAUUGAGUUAAUUGUGUUGGGAUUUGAGAGGUUCAUUCUUUUUUUAAUAAUUACUGGCCAUAAAACUAUAGUACGAGGCAUCUAGUGUUUACAGUUGUAAUUUUGGUGGAUGUAAAACUUCACAAGGUUUUUGGAUUGAACAAUGUAUGUUGUGGUUACAA